CUGUGACUCGAACGACCUCUGGCCAACGACCAAGCUACUCGAGGUCAGAAAAUAUCUGCGACUCUGAUCUCUCAGUGGAACGUCAUGUUUCCUCUCUCAUGCAAUGCAUCAUCAUCCAUGAGAGUAUUAGGAUAGGCUCCGUGAGCGCUUGCCGUUGCCAGCUGUACUGAUGGACCCUGAUGCCAGUGGCAGAUAGGUCGGCAUCACGGGUAUAAUCCUCGGGCAUCACAUUUUCCCAUUUUGCUUAGUUCUCGGUUAUUGGCCCAUCAUGCUCCUUGCUCACAACCAUGGGUUUGUCGCAGAGCAAGCACUGCGGCGGGGACAUUUGGCUUGCCUUGAAGGAUCUCUGGCCCCUACCAGGGUCAACGACACGUGUCUCAGUUCUGAUACUGGCGUCACUUUAUCUCCUACAAGUGUAUCGCCGAAGUCAACGAACGACACGCAUACGAGGACCUCAGAGCCCAAGCUGGGUGUUUGGCUUCGCCAGGACAGUGUUAGAUUCUAACCUCACCACUAACCUGUACGAACGUUGGGCCACAGAGUACGGUCCAGUGUACAAGGUCCCCCUCGCCUUGGGAGAGUCCAGGGUCAUACUAUGGGACCCAAAAGCAAUCGCUCAUUUCUUUGCAAGAGACACGUGGUUGUAUAACCAAACUCCAUUCAACAAGAUCGCCGUUCGCAUAACUAUUGGACGUGGGAUUCUGUGGGCCGAUGGUGAAAGUCACAAAAGGCAGCGCAAGGCUCUCAACCCUGCCUUCAGCGCAGCUGCCAUCCGCAGCCUGACGUCUGUUUUCCUAGAUGCUGCUCACAAGGCAACGACCGCUUGGGACGCUGAGAUAGGAGCGAACCAAGGAACUCAUUCCGCUGUAAUUGAUGCUCAACAAUGGAUGAAUCACAUCUCACUUGACAGUGUAGGCAUAGCCGUCCUGUCCCAUGACUUCGGUGCACUCGAUGGAAAUGACUCCGACGUCGCACACGUCCUGAAUGCGUUUGGCUCAUCUCCCAAUGCUUCCCACAACUUGGUCAUCCUGGCACAAAAUUUUCCUUCCAUCCUGAAACUGCCAUGGCCUCGCACACAGUUCGCCAAAAAGCUGAGCCUCAUUGUUGGUAAGAUAUGCCACGAGAUGCUAUCGCGGACGCGCAAGGAAAACGAGACUGGCGGUGCUGAGCAGGGGGACAAAUCAUGUUUGGGUUUACUCUUAAAAGCGGAAAGAUCUGGUGAGAGCACUGGACUGACUCACCAAGAAGUGUUAGACGAGGCAAGGGUCAUACUUCUCGCCGGCUUUGAGACUACUUCAGCCAGCAUGACAUGGGCUUUGAUAGAACUUGCGAGGAAUCCAGACAUGCAGACCAAGCUUCGUGAAGAGUGUCUAGACUUCGGGGCAACCCCUUCUUACGACGACCUCACGAAUAAGCUUCCCUACCUGGACGCUGUAGUGCAUGAAGUUCUUCGCCUCCACACAUCAGUCAAAGAAAUCCCACGAUCGGCUAUGGAAGACGACGUAAUCCCACUCAGUGAACCCAUGCGUACGGCGGACGGUACCUAUACCGACAGCGUAUGCAUCCCAAAGGGGACAGAGGUCGUUAUCCCGUUCGCCGCACUCAAUUGCUCAGUUAGCAUGUGGGGGCCUGACGCAAAGGAGUUCAAACCUUCUCGGUGGCUCGAAGAGGACAAAGACCCGCGUGGGGCCAGAGAAGCAUUGCAUGGCUAUCGCCAUCUCAUGACAUUCGGCGAUGGUGCGCGGAUGUGCCUAGGGAGGCUAUUCGCAUUGACAGAGUUCAAGGCCGUGCUGUUCGUUCUUGUGCGAAACUUUGUAUUUGAGAUGGCGGAUGGCCCUGGGGUGCAGAUUGUGGAGAAUUUUGGGACUAUACCAAGAAUGAGGGUGGUUGGGAGUGCUGAGGCUGGAAGUGUGCCUCUCCGGGUGCGCCGAUAUGAAGUGUGAUUGCAGUCCGCAGUUAAGUAGUAAGCAAAAAGCCUGUGGUUUAUAUUACCGCCCCAAAAGGUGACCAAGGCCUCCAAAACUCUAUUGUUGGCCUGCCCUUUCAACACAGGACGAUCAAAUAUAACGAGAUGAAUGAACAAAAGAUCAGGUAUUCGCGGCCGAAUGACGCACGUCUCUAGAUGGCGCCCCCGGUAAAGCAGUAAGAAUGUAAAUCGAACGAUGACUUAAGCUUUAGGUCGGGUAUUACAUCGCAGGAAUAUGCAGUCUGAACGGCAAGGAAUGCUGAUUCACUACGCUGAGAGUGUGAAUGGUGUGGAGUGUCUUGCGGAGUUACCUGCAUGGAGGGCUUGGUGCACUUGAGCUGUAGAUCGAGGAAGUGGUGGAUUUGACGGAGGAUGUGAUGGGUGCGUUGGAUGGGCUGGAGGAUGAGAAUAGUGGGUGAGGUGGAUUGGUGAUGCCAUCUGAUGUGAAGUGAUGUGCGUG